AUGAUAAACAGUCUGAGUAGUGUUUCGAAAGCAAGUGAAAAAUCAAACAUAGUUCCAGAAAAGUUCGGUAGACGGCGACGUAUUGACGCUAACAAGUGGCACAAUGUCGUGGUAGUCUGGUUAGAAAACCGCACUGAUCCUACUGAUGAAUACUUUCAACAAACAAUUGAACAACUGGACAAGAACGUUCAAUAUCUUGAUAUAUUUAUGGAUAAUGAUGAAUGCAUUGAAUUCAUUGCUUGUUAUCCUGAUGCGCUAGUUGAUGAACAAAACUAA